CCAUUAAAAUAGACAUCUCUUCAAUUAAUCCAAUCUGCUCCUUUUGCUUCUGUUCCCCGCCUUCCAAGAUGCAACUCACUACUCUACCUCGCCCACCAGCCAUUCCUCUUCCAAACCCUAUUUUCCGGCGCUUUUACAGUCCCCAAUCACUGGGUUUCUUUCACAGGCCGCUCCCUGCUGCUUGUAGUUUGCUCACGAGUCACGCCCCGCCGUAUUUACGUCGCCGCAACUUUCUCUUCCGGAAGUAGUAAGGACGACGUCGGGAAUCUGUUUCGGAACAAUUGCAGCAUUGGGGAGAGCCAGGAGGAGAGCGUGAAUGAAGGUGGUGAGCAUGGCGGAAAAUCGUUGGCGGAGGUGGCGGCGGGAACCGUAGAGGGGCUGGAGAACCAGAGCUUCUGGAAUCAAAUCAAGGAGAUUGCCAUGUUCACUGGGCCUGCUACUGGGCUUUGGUUGUGUGGACCCUUGAUGAGUCUCAUCGACACUGUUGUCAUUGGUCAGGGAAGCUCCCUUGAGCUUGCAGCUUUACGACCUGGGACGGUGUUCUGUGAUUAUAUCUGUUACGUGUUCAUGUUUCUCUCGGUUGCUACUUCCCUCGCCAGACAGGUUGGUUUUUUUUUUUUGACAAGCAGGAUAAAUCAGAAGUGCAGCAUCAAAUAUCAAUACUUUUGUUCGUUGGAUUGGUAUGUGGAGUGUUUAUGCUGUUCUUCACGAGGUUAUGUGGUUCGUGGGCACCUACUGGUAAUGGAGACUGCUUUUGCAGGACAAAGGAACCUUGAUUUAAUACCCGCAGCAAAUACUUACGUCCAGGACUCCAGAAUGAGGAACUUCGCCUCAACUUUCCAGACGAUGUUCUACUUGCUCAUUUUGAUCAUCAAAGGAUUAAUGUCUUCUGUUCUUUUCUCCCAGAUUCUAGGCUUAGCAUGGCCCGCAGUUCUUGUGGGAUGGGUUGCUCAAAGUGCUAGUCCUCUGCAGAUUUUUAGGCUAUGGUAUAGCUGGGCAGCAUGGGCCACUAUGGUGUCCCAAGUCGUUGCAGCCUUUAUGAUGAUUGACACUCUGAACAAGAAAUGCUACAAUGCAUUAGCAAUAUCUGUUCCGAUGUUUGAUGGUCUUUUGCGCAUACUUGGGCUUGCUGCUCCAGUGUUUAUUACCAUGACCUCAAAGGUCAUGAGUCAAGUAUUUGGCAUGUGUGGUGUGUGGGGCGAGCCUAUCUCUCAAACUGCUCAAUCUUUUUUGCCUGAGCUAAUAUAUGGAUCCAAUCGAAAUUUGUCAAAGAUGCACGGGGUGUUGCUACCAUUCUUUAUUGCGUUGGCUGUGACGCCUUGCAACCACAACCUAGAAGGGACAUUGAUGGUAUCUUGUUUCAUUGGGUGCUCUAUUAGUAAUGGUACAUCAUACACUUCUUGAUCAAUUUCCACUCAACCUUUCGAGCAGUCAUCCAUCAGUGACUAAUAUAAGCUAGUGAGUAGUGACUCUUACCAGGCUGCAAGCAGCAAAGGAUUCGGUGAUGGAAACGUAACCCACGAUUCAAGGGUUUUGCUUGUAACUCACAAGCGAGAGAAAGACGUUGGUGUCUAUAAACCUUUGAUUUAUUAAUUUGAUACGGAACUAAUGCCAAACUUACAUAUUUAUAGAAGAAAUAAACCUAAUACGU